AUGAGUAACUCACCUAUUGAAGGGUUCUUUAUGUAUCAAGAAAUGAGAAAGAAAGGUUUACGUGCAGAUCCUGUAUCUUUAUCUUUUGUUAUCAAGUGUUUUAUUAGAGUUUGUUCUUUAAUUGGUGGUGAACAGGUUCAUGCCAGGAUCUUAAGAGAUGGGCAUCAAUUUGAUAGUUUGUUACUUACUAACUUGAUGGAUUUGUAUUCGCAUUGCGAUAAGGGUGGCGAAGCUUGCGAAGUGUUUGAUGAAAUGCCUCAAAGAGACACUAUUGCUUGGAAUGUGUUAAUUUCUUGUUAUAUGCGUAAUCGUAGGACUAGAGAUGUUUUGGGUAUAUUUGAUGGUAUGCUGAGUGGCGAGCUUGGGUGUGAACCGGAUGGUGUAACGUGCUUGCUUCUACUUCAAGCGUGUGCAGACUUGGGUGCUUUAGAAUUUGGUGAGAAGGUUCAUAGGCAUAUUGUGGACCGUGGCUAUGAUAAUGCGACGAACUUGUGUAAUUCGCUUAUAGCAAUGUAUUCGCAGUCUGGGAAUUUGGACAAGGCUUAUGGUGUAUUUAAGUGUAUGCACAAUAAGAAUGUGGUUACAUGGACUGCCAUCAUUUCGGGUCUUGCAAUGCAUGGAUAUGGGAGAGAAGCUAUUGGCGCAUUUGAAGAGAUGCUAAGAACGGGUGUUUUGCCCGACGAUCUGACUUUUACUGGAAUUCUUUCCGCCUGUAGUCAUUGUGGGUUGGUUGACAAGGGGAUGAUGAUUUUUGAUAGAAUGAGCAAGGAAUUCGGGGUAGUGCCAAAUAUUCAUCAUUAUGGAUGUAUGGUUGACCUUCUUGGCCGUGCUGGUCAGCUUCAUGAGGCAUAUCAGCUUAUAAUGUCGAUGAGUGUCAAACCGGAUUCAACAAUAUUGAGGACUUUACUUGGGGCUUGUAGAAUUCACAGGAAUGUUAUGCUUGGAGAACGUGUGAUCGAACAUUUGAUUGAACUUAAGGCUCAAGAGGCUGCUGAUUAUGUUUUAUUGUUCAAUUUGUAUUCUUCUGUUGGCGACUGGGAGAAGGUGACAGAAUUAAGGAAGUUCAUGAAGGACAAGGGGAUCCAAACCACAACUGGUUCUUGUUCAAUUGAAUUGAAAGGUAAGGUAGAUGAGUUUGUUGUGGAUGAUGUUUCUCAUCCACGAAAGGAUGAGAUUUAUGAGAUGUUGGAUGAGAUUAUUAAGCAGCUGAAGAUUGCUGGUUAUGUUGCUGAGAUAACCUCCGAAUUUCCCGAUUUAGAUGCAGAAGAAAAAAAGUACGUUUUUUCUAAUCACAGUGAGAAAUUGGCUAUAGCUUUUGGGAUUCUGACAACACCGCCAGGCACGACAAUCAGAAUAGCCAAGAAUCUCAGGAUUUGUGUUGAUUGCCACAAUUUUGCUAAGAUUCUUUCAAGGGUUUAUAAUAGAAAAGUAACUAUUACAGAUCAUACUGGGUUUCAUCAUUUUCGAGGAGGAAACUGCUCGUGCAAUGACUAUUGGUAA